AUGUCUGCACCAGUAGAGCGGCGGAACAGCGCAGAUAGCCGACAAUCGACUCCGAGUGAAACGAGAAGCGAGAGAGCCCACGCUCAGCAGGAAAAGUCCGACGACGAUAUCGACGGCAUCUUUGCGCCGAUCAAUACUCCCACUGUCGAUGAUGAACGCAUGCACAGAUUGCAGUCUACCUCGUCGCGUCCCGUCGAGCGGAGCUGGUCGUUGAACGACGGGUAUAGUUGCCACACGGUCGACGAGGAAGCGGCCGAGAAGGUUUCCCCGGGAGAGCGAACGGCGGAGGAUGAAUUCCUUGUUGGUUGGGAAGAGAAUGACCCUCUCUGUCCGCGCAAUUUCAAUAAGCUGCGCCGAUGGUUGAUUGUGGUGAUUUGCUCGACCGGUUCGCUGUGUGUUGGCCCGUUGUUUCUGUCUCCUUUGUCGGAAUUCUAUGGCCGAAGAAAUAUAUAUCUCGUCUCCUUUACAUUAUUCCUCAUAUGGCUCGUCCCAUGUGCUGUCGCAAAGAACAUCCAAACCAUGAUCGUUUGCCGUUUCUUCAAUGGCCUUUCGGGGUCGGCUUUCUUGAGUGUGGCGGGAGGGACUGUCGGAGACCUAUUCAAUCGCAAUGAGCUCAGUGCGCCCAUGAUGAUCUACACAGCGAGUCCAUUUCUAGGACCUGUGGUAGGACCUGUGGUGGGCGGAUUCAUCAAUUCGUUCACAACCUGGCGUUGGACGUUCUACGUUCUGCUUAUCUGGACCGGAGCCAUUCUCGUCUCGCUUGUCCUUUUCGUCCCAGAGACUUAUCAUCCAGUGCUCCUGCGGCGCAAGGCCCAGAAACUCCGCAAAGAGACGGGCGACGAGCGAUGGAAAGCGCCGAUCGAGAAACUCCAACGUUCGGUCGCCCAAACCGUCUUGCGUUCCAUUUACCGACCUCUUCUGCUUCUGACGCUCGAGCCGAUGUGCUUGAACCUCUGCAUCUUCUCAGCCAUUCUGCUGGGUAUUCUGUACCUGUUCUUUGGGGCCUUCCAGCUGGUGUUUGAGAAUGUCUACGGCAUGGAUUUGUGGCAGCGGGGACUGGUAUUCAUCGGUCUCUCAGUCGGCAUGCUGUUUGCGAUUCUGUCUGAUCCAUUCUGGCGUCGCAUCUACGCCAAGCUCGAACAUAAGCAUGAGGCCGCCACUGGCAAGGCUGACGAUCCGCAGCCCGAAUGGCGGUUGCCUCCAGCGAUUCUCGGAGGACCGCUGGUGACUAUCGGGCUGUUUAUUUUCGGAUGGACCAUCUAUCCGCAUGUACACUGGAUCGUACCGAUCAUUGGCAGUGCAUUCUUCGGGGCCGGGACGAUCCUGGUCUACUCGGGUAUCUUCACCUUUUUGGUCGACGCGUAUCCAAUGUACGCUGCAAGUGCUCUGGCAGCAAACAGCUGUGCACGUUCGUCGUUUGGGGGAAUCUUUCCCCUGUUUGGCAUUCAAAUGUACAACAAUCUGGGCUAUCACUGGGCCACCACGCUGUUGGCUUUCCUGACUCUGGCCAUGAUGCCGUUUCCGUAUAUAUUCUUCCGGUAUGGAGGACGGAUUCGGCAGAAGAGCCGAUAUGCUGCUGCAUAG